UAGGAAGCAGGGUUGCAUGCACAACAAACAGCACGAGAGCUCAUUAUUUUGUUGGCAGUAUCCAGCGCAGCCUGUCUCUUGGUUACGUGUAUCCUGACCAGUCUAUCCAGUGCCCAAGAACAAAGAGACGUCUGAAGAGGACUACCGGUAUGUAGAUGAGAUUCUUCUCCUAUUAUUAUAUCCCAACAACAACAACCACAAGAACAAAGAAACAUGACCACUCUACCCUAUAGCACUGUGCCUCUAUCGCCUUUGGCGAUGAUACCAUUGGUGGCAGUCAUAUGGUUUGUGCUUCCGCUGGAAUACCGUGAUAUCUUUGUCAGACAUGCCGUUAUCUUGGUAGGGCUUUGGCAAUUGGCGGCCGCUAACAGCGCCACCGGGUGUCUGCGAGCAGCGACUACUACUACUACCACCGACGAGGAACCGCCCGACGAACUAGCCCUAUCCGAAUCGUCAAUCUCCACAACCUCUUCUUCCAUGUCUUCUUCCAUGUCCUCAUUUACUAGCAGUAGAAGAAGAACCAGGCAACAACGCCGCCGUCAAGUGAGUUUUGGAGCUGUGGAAAUCCUCGAGUUUCCCACCAUUCUCGGCGACAAUCCCAGUACACGAGAAGGAGCUUCGGUAACGUUGGAUUGGAAAUUGGUGCGUCGCUUCCGCAAACACGUCGACUACAUGCCCGAACGCACCGUGCGACCUCGUGCCGUGCCAUCCCGUCAACGAGAGCUGCUACUCUUGUCGCGGGGAUAUUCCUUCUUGGAACUAGAUAUGGCCGCCCAGCGAACGUACGAACGACAAAAGGAACUCCGGCAAGCCAAGUCGGUUCCCAACACCAAUACUCCCUUUUUGGCAUUCAAAUCCAAAGUCCGAAUGAUGGUAACACAUCGAAGGAGGAACAACAACAACAACACAAACAGCAACACUACAGCCAACUGUAGUUCCACUCGAACUGUCGGUUGCAGGACAUGAAGGAAGGAAUGAGUAUCUCCAACCACCUACCGUAGCUGGGAGAGUCGAUCCGUGGGGAUCCUCUUGGUUGCUGGGUAGCUUCGGGUACAACCAUUCUAAAGGGGGGCGGGUCCUUCUGUAUUCUAAAUAUUCAUCACACAAGAUUGUGAAUUGUACAAUAAAUAGAUCAAUAAUUUGGGAGAGUAAUAACAAUGUAUAUCUACACAUCC